UCCGAGGAGGAAGGAGCCGCCGCCAUUUUGGGAGCUUCGAGUCAACAAUAAAGGACCGAGGGCGCCGAGCGGGAGUGGCCUCGGUGGUAGGACUCGGGCCCGAGCGGCGGGGAGUGGGAUUGAAGUGAUUGAAUUUAUAUAUUAUAACUCAACCUUGUUAGAGGGCUUUUAAAAAACAAGCUGAUUCGGUGCAUGAGAGCAAGUUACUGCUGCUUACCGUUCAGACUUACAGGUGCUUGCCUGCCUUGCAAUAAAGGACUCAUAUAUUGAGCAAGACUUAUAUUUAUCUCUUCGUUUUGGAGAGCUUAAUAAACUGUUAUUACAGUUUUCUCUACUGACUUUCAAAAGUUUUGAAGUUUGAAAGAGACAUCUUUACAAUUAAUACAACAUGAGCACGGCCAGAACAGAGAACCCUGUUAUAAUGGGUCUGUCCAGUCAAAAUGGUCAGCUAAGGGGCCCUGUGAAACCAAGUGGCGGCCCUGGAGGAGGGGGCACACAGACACAGCAACAGAUGAGCCAGCUGAAAAACACCAACACAAUCAAUAAUGGCACUCAGCAACAAGCACAGAGUAUGACCACCACUAUUAAACCUGGUGAUGACUGGAAAAAGACUUUAAAACUCCCUCCAAAGGAUCUAAGAAUCAAAACUUCGGAUGUGACCUCCACGAAAGGAAAUGAGUUUGAAGAUUACUGUUUGAAACGGGAGUUACUAAUGGGAAUUUUUGAAAUGGGCUGGGAAAAGCCAUCUCCUAUUCAGGAGGAAAGCAUUCCCAUUGCUUUAUCCGGUAGGGAUAUUUUAGCUAGAGCAAAAAAUGGAACAGGCAAGAGUGGUGCCUACCUCAUUCCCUUACUUGAACGGCUAGACCUGAAGAAGGAUAAUAUACAAGCAAUGGUGAUUGUUCCCACUAGAGAACUUGCUCUACAGGUCAGUCAAAUUUGCAUCCAGGUCAGCAAACAUAUGGGCGGGGCCAAAGUGAUGGCAACCACAGGAGGAACCAAUUUAAGAGAUGACAUAAUGAGGCUUGAUGACACAGUUCACGUGGUGAUAGCUACCCCUGGGAGAAUCCUGGAUCUUAUCAAGAAAGGAGUAGCAAAAGUUGAUCAUGUCCAGAUGAUAGUAUUGGAUGAGGCAGAUAAGUUGCUAUCACAAGAUUUUGUGCAGAUAAUGGAGGAUAUUAUUCUUACGCUACCUAAAAACAGACAGAUUUUAUUAUAUUCUGCUACUUUCCCUCUUAGUGUACAGAAGUUCAUGAAUUCCCAUUUGCAGAAACCCUAUGAGAUUAACCUGAUGGAGGAACUAACAUUGAAGGGAGUAACCCAGUACUAUGCUUAUGUAACUGAGCGCCAGAAAGUACACUGCCUCAACACACUUUUCUCUAGGCUUCAGAUAAACCAGUCAAUCAUUUUCUGUAAUUCCUCUCAGCGAGUUGAAUUAUUAGCCAAGAAGAUUUCACAACUGGGUUAUUCUUGCUUUUAUAUCCAUGCUAAAAUGAGGCAGGAACAUCGAAAUCGUGUGUUUCAUGAUUUCCGAAAUGGCUUAUGCCGAAAUCUUGUUUGCACUGAUUUGUUUACCCGAGGUAUUGAUAUACAAGCUGUGAAUGUGGUAAUAAACUUUGACUUCCCAAAGCUGGCAGAGACUUAUCUCCAUCGUAUUGGAAGAUCAGGUCGCUUUGGUCAUCUUGGCUUAGCCAUCAACUUGAUCACAUAUGAUGAUCGCUUCAACCUGAAAAGUAUUGAGGAGCAGUUGGGGACAGAAAUUAAACCUAUCCCAAGUAACAUUGACAAGAGCUUGUAUGUGGCAGAAUACCAUAGUGAGCCUGUAGAAGAUGAGAAACCUUAAGCAUGCUUUGACAAAACUACAGCAGGCUCAUUUGGAUCUGUGACACAUCGUUUGGGUGGGGGGGUGCUCUUCUCUUUGUGGGUUUUUCAGCUUUUAUUUUGAAGCUAUGAGGACUUAAAAGAGCUCAGACAUUUCUUUCUUUUUUUAGUGAAGAAAAAAAGCUGAAAAGAAGGAAUUUACCCUUUUUGUUCCACUUGUUUGCACUGUGUGCUGACUGAACAUUAGUUGCACUAACUGCUGGUUUUAAAAUUUUUUCUGGGAAAGGGGACAAGGAAGGCAGAAAAAGAAGAGAAGGGGAGAAACCCGGAAAAGAGAAGAACCUUGAUGAAAACACAAGUUUGUCUACAAUUUCAGAAUUCUCCAACAGCUGACUCUUGAGUGCAUUUCAACUUCUCCCUGAUUACUCAUCCGUUUUUUAAGCCUGAAGAGCUUAUUACUUAUUUGUGCGAAGUGCCUUAUGCUAUGAGACCAUUCAGAAUAUCAUCUUUUAGACACAGCCCAAGGAAUUGACAAUAGUUAAUUCUUUUUUCUUUUUCCUUUCUUUUAGAAUUUUUUGACCUUUUAUUUUGGUUUAAAGUUGAAGUCUCUCUUUUUCUUUUCUACCUGAUACUCAAGCCCAGGGCUGGAAGAUGAAACUAUUAGUAAUAUUAAACAUCAUUUUCUUUUUCUUUAUGUGGAGGAGUUGAUAUGCAACUGCAGUCCAUCCGCACUGUAAAUACAUGUAUUUAAAAAAAAAAAAAAAACCCAAGCAAAAUUUUCUUCUGGGCUGAGUAGAUGGAACAUCAUCGCUCCCAAAGGAAAGAGCAGUCUGUCAUUGCAGGAGCCAUAUGACAAGCCUUUGUGCUCUAUAGCAGAACACUAAAGACUGGUUUACAUACUCCUCCAUCUGCAGUUAUGGCACUUGAUAUGUAGACAUGUCAGAGCCUUGACCCUCUUUCCUCUGUGGCAAAGCGUGUCCCAUAGAAAAUUGGGUGUGUAUACUUGUAUAAACUUUGUAAAUAAGUUUUUCUGGGUUCAUAUAUAUAUAUAUAUAUAUAUAUAUACAUAUACAUAUAUAUAUAUUAUUAUUUUUUUUGGAUGAAGGUUGCUGGGAUUAAGGGGAUUCGAGUGAUUAUGGGAGUAGCUAAAGAUGAGAGGGGCUCAGUUUUCCGCAACACUAAAUUCUAAAAAGUACUUUUGACUUCUUGCUGUAGAAACAAGACUUCUGUGGGGACCCCGUUUUGGGAAGUGACCCUGAAGUCUAGAAUUCACUAUUUGCUGCCACACUGCCUCAUCUAGUACCUUAGGAGGAGGCCUACAAGGGAGGGCAAAGAAACUACAAAACCUAUAAUUCAAGAUGGUAUUUUUUGAGAUACGCGCCCUGAUUUUGCUUCUUCCCCCUUUUUAAAUGUUUGAGGAACCUUCCAACCUCAGCAAAAGGGGCCACAAAAAUUAAUAACCUGUUUUGCAGUGUGGGAAUUCUGUUGAGUAGCAGUAUCUUUGAGCAGUAUGUGUAUAAAGCAUGGAUUUGCUUUUCAGAAUAUUAUAGCCAGUAUAAGCUUUGUUGUUAGCAGUUCUGGGGCUUUGUAUAAAUCACCUCCUGUACUGUGUACAAGUGUUGCCCUCUGCCCACUUUGAUAUACGGUCCUGCAGGAAGGGACAAACCCUGAGAAAUGUUAACUUUCAUGCUACAGAAAGCUGCUUGCCAUCCUCUUGCUUUGUGACAUAAAUUGUCAUUUUGCAUUGUAAAUUGCUGGCAAAUGCUUUACAGUAAAUAGUGUUGCUUUAAAUUGUGCCCCUCCCAACAUGCUUGAUGUUUGGCCUGAUAUCCAGGCAAAAGGAGUGAGAUGAAUCAAAACCAGUGAACUUUUUUUUUUUUAAUGUUUUUAAUUCCCUUUUAACCCACUAUACUAGGUCAAUCAGGAGGCAUCUGGGAAUUGGAGGUGGGGGGGUACCAAAAAAUAAAUCAUUUGAUUUCUAUAUCUGGUUCUUUCUUAAGACCAUAAAAUAUUACAAGAUAUGUCCUGCAUAUGCUUUCUUGCUUAACUCAUUCGGACAAAGAAAUCAACUAGUCAGUGUUGCUUUUUGAUUGCAGCAUUCUAAGCAAAACUAUUUGUGACUCACCCAGAAUUCCUUGAGAUCAGAAUCCUAUAGAUCUUCCAGAUGCCUUCUGAUCAGACAUAGCCCUAACUCCUUAAAAACUGUAGCAAGAGCUGCACAGUACAGUAAUAAUAACAAGCUCAUGUAUUUGGUAUUCAUGCCCCAUAGUUAUGACCAGCCAAUAUUGGUUACUAAAUACAAAUCCUAAUUAAGGAAGUACUUUUUUCCCAAAAAAAAGAAAAAGAAAAAAAAAAGUGGAGGGAGGGAAAUUUAAAAGGCAUUAACUUUUGACCAAAAUUUUCUACCCUUGUACUGAUGCAGCUCUCUUUCAUCCCCCAUCUCUGGCGAGAUAAGAGGCAUCACUUACUGUAAAAGCAAGGCUCCUAAGUGUAUCUCACUAGAGCUUGUGGGUGAUAAACAGCACAGUCUCCUUUACCAUCUAGACUGUGCUCUGCCUGGUGCCACAUGCCUGUGGGUCCCUCUAAAGCACAGACUUUAAAUUGAAAGUAUUACUGAAGUACAGCCUCUGAUGAGGAGUGGCACUUAAAGAUAUCUGGGACACCACUACUGGACAGUCUUAUAUAAAGUCAGCUGUCCAGUUUUGGUGCUUGACUCCUAAAUAGGAAGCGGUAAAUGGAAAGAUGCUCUAAGGACUAGGCGAAAAAAGCCUAGUCUUUUUUUUUUUUUUUAACUCACCACAGAGAAUGCUUUUAUUAUUGGAAAUCAUUACUAUGUUCUUUCCACUAUUGCAUAAUUGUUUUAAGCAACGGCAAUAUUUUUUCAAUGAUUUAUUUCAAAAGUAUCCCCUAUUUUUACUUAAAUUGAUAUAUAACUCAUUGUUUAGCCUGUGGUUGUGUAGUUGUGUAAUGGAUUACUGACUGUUACACACCUUACUGCCUCUGGGGCUGUUCUGUCUUUAACUCCCAUACAUUCCAAUGGAAAAAGCAACUACACUUCCUUUUCCUUAGGAGUGGGAAAAAUUUAUUUUAAAAUGAUCUCCCAUUAGAAGAAGUAAGGGAGAGGGAAACCUGUCUAAAUUAUUUUCAAGUUCAUCCCAGCAUCAAGUUGGUUGGCCCAAAUACUGGGGGGUGGGGGGUGGGGAGGCAAUAGGUUAUCAGUAUUUGUUUUCAGAAUGAGAUGGGAGCAUCUUUCCUUUGCCACAGGCUUUGUGUUUGAUACCAUCAUGCUUGUGUUAGAACCAAACAGCUCAGCACAAAGCCUAGAAUGUGAAUUGUUGGAAUCAAAACAUCUCAUUCUGAUUACUUUUUUCUUUCUUUCUUUUUUUUUUUAAUAGGGGUGGGAGGGAGGUUACUGUGCCCCCAAAAGGAGGGUGUCUGCUCUAAGGAUUUAGAGACACUUUGAAAGCUCAUAACCUCAUCAGAAACUGCCAUUAGCCACACUCCUGACCUUAUAGAUGAGUAACAAAAAGAUGAAAUAAGUUCUUGGGAAUUAAGCCAUGUUGUUUUAAUUUGCUACUUUUCCCCCAGUAAUACAUAUCUUUAGAAUGUUAUGGAAUUAUUUUCUGGUAAAAUAAAUACUUUUGUCAAGCAAAAUUAUUAGCCUGGUGGCAGCUAAGUCAGUCAACAUUUUGGUGUACUUAAGUGGACUUAGAUGGGAUAUAAUUCUGUUUAUUUUUUAAGAUAGGUUUUGUUUGUUUUACCUCCCAAACAAAAUCUUCUUGACCUUCUAGAACUAAAAACUCAUCUUUGAGGUUUAAGUGUUCAAAGGUUAUAACAGUUUAUGAGGUCAGAGGGAGCUAGCCUGGCACCUAUACUCUGCCCCUCCACAGCUGAUUGAUUCUAACUGAAGUGUAUUUAAAUUCUCCAAUGGACAGUACUGGGCAGGGUAAGGGUGGGGAUAGGGCUGGGCUAUUAAGAUACAGACUGCUGUAUUUUAACUGGUGAUUGUUGGGGAGGGGUGCCUGGAGAAAAAUUCACUGUUCCCUUUUUUGAAACAAAACUAAAACUUUAGAAGAAAUUUUUUUGUUCAGUAAAAAUUGGAGAGAACUCCACAGUGUUCCUAGCCACAAAAGAUCAGUUCCACUGAGAAGUGAACAGUGGGGACUCAAAAUUGUGAAAACAUUUGGGGAAAGGGGAAAUUGGCUUUCUGUUAAUUGGCAAACGUUCCAGUGGGGCUCUCUUUUUGUUGGGAUGUGUUAUGUUGUAUGUAUAAGUAUGGACCAGUCUGCUGAGUUUACAAGGUUCCAAAAAGGUUGGUAAAAUCAGGUUGGUUUUUUUUGUUGUUGUUGUUAAUUUAUCUCAAUAAAAGCCCACUGGAACUUUA